UUGGGACAUCGGUCGCCUGCGCCUCCAUUCUGUCACCCAUCCCACGGUUCCAUUCGUUCGGUGCUCUCGUGUGUGUGCUCACUUUUCUGGAGUGUGUGCGACUGCCUCGAACAGCAACGAACGACUUCACGUUUCCUCGAUUUUCUUCAACCACGGUCGAAGAUGCAGUGAAACGUGGAACAAGCGAAGACGCACGCCCAACGACCCGAAGAUUCACGCGAGGCAAUCAAGGGUGGAGAAAGAAAUCGGGGUCAUCUUAUGAGGAAUCCUGGCGGGAUCCGCCGCGUGAAAAUCCGUGAAUCGAAGCGGGCAACGAGAAGAUACACGCACGCGUUAUCGGCGAGAACACUCACCACCUUUCGGCCAUCACGAUGCCAGGAACGUGCUCGAUGACCGAUGCGGUCGGGAUCGUCGACAGUUAGUGAUGAGGAGGAGCAGGUUGUCGGCUCGCCGAUGGCUCAGGUCGCCACCAAUAUGCCGCUUCUCCGACCCGGACAGGGUCCUCUGCGACCCCUUCUCAUCGCCGUUUUCGUUUUUCUCUGCUCCCUGCCGCUCUGCCGCCCCUUCGACUUGGGACAAUGUACCGCGGCACUGGGCAUGGAGAAUGGCGAAAUCCCCGAUGAAGAUAUAUCGGCCAGUUCUAUGUACGAUCCCAGUCUUGGCCCGAAACAUGCCAGGCUGAGACAAGACAAGGGCGGCGGUGCCUGGUGCCCGAAAAAUAUGGUCACGAAGGAAGGAAAGGAGUACCUCGAGGUGAAUUUGCACAGCCCGCGUAUACUGACGUCGACCAGGACCCAGGGCAGGUUCGGGAACGGGCACGGGGUCGAGUACACCGAAGAGUACUUCGUCGAAUAUUGGCGGCCGGGGUUCAACAAGUGGGUGCGAUGGAGAAAUCGACGUGGCAUGGAGCUUCUGGCAGGCAACAAUAAUCCGUAUUCGGAGAAGGAGCAGCUCUUCGACCCGGCGAUCGUCGCAACGAAGGUCCGUUUCAUCCCCUACACCUCCCACAUGCGUAUGGUGUGCAUACGAGUCGAGCUUUACGGCUGUCCGUGGACCGAGGGUCUGGUGUCGUAUUCCAUGCCCCAAGGAAUUAAGAGGGGCUCGGAGGUUGACCUUUCCGACAGGACGUACGACGGCAGGGAAGAAGGAGGUUACCUCUCCGGGGGGCUCGGUCAACUUGUCGACGGGCAAAAGGGCCCUGACAACUUCAGAUUGGACAGUGGCAACGGGAAAGGAUACGAAUGGGUCGGUUGGAGAAACGACACGCCAAGCAUGCUCGGUCGUCCCGUUGAAAUUACCUUCGAGUUCGAUUAUUCGAGAAACUUCACUGCCAUACACCUGCACAUGAACAAUUACUUCACCAAAGAUGUGCAGGUCUUCUCCUACGCAAAGGUUUAUCUUGGCGCCGGUGGGAAUCAGUUCAACGGGGAGCCUGUCCAUUUCUCUUACAUACCGGACCUUGUAUUGGAACAGGCGCGUGACGUUACCAUAAAGCUUCACUCACGAGCUGGCCGUUUUCUUAAGCUUCAAUUGUACUUUGCGGCACGAUGGAUCAUGCUCAGCGAAGUAAUCUUUGAAUCGGUAAUCUCCGAAUGGAACAACACCGACGAUGAAGAGCCGAGGAACAAGAGCGCCAUUGUAUCGGCGACCGGCAUCCCCUAUCAGAAUAACGAGGGUCCACUGCAGAGAGACGAAGUAAAGGCCACUUUUAAUAAGGAGGAAAACAACGAUAAUGCUCUUCCAGACAAAAGCAAGGAGCCGGAAUCGAGGCAGUUCGUCGGCCUGGUUAUCGGUAUAUUAACCACUGUGAUCGUGAUGCUUCUGGCGGCAAUCACGUUCAUUUUCUACAGGAAUCGAAGGUUGAAGGCUGCCCUCGCGCCUUCGACGUUUUACGACCAACACGGCGACUUGAAGGUCUCGGUGCAGGAGGAGGGCGAGGACAAGGGACCAAUUUGCCCUCCGCUUCCGGCGCAGUACCACCCGGCCGCCUACGCCACGACGACACCGCAACUACACAAAACUAUCACGGAUUACAGCGGGAUCACGGAGGUGCAGCCGGUUAUUCCGCUGUUGCUGAACACGGCGAUCAAUCUUGCCAGGCCGAUUCCUUCGGUUCAAGAAUAUCCAUCUAAUCCGCCACCCAUACCGCCGCCACCGGAAAAAUAUUACGCCAGCACGGAGAUCUGUAAGAAUUCCCUGCCACCGUUGCCGCCGUCCCCAACGCCGAGCACACCGCCCCCGAUGAGCGCGAAAGCCUCGAGCAGCAUGACAAGCUACAGUCCCGAGGACAUGCUCACCGAGGAGGAGGACGAGGUGGCCGAGUGCAUCUUAGACUUCCCCCGGGAGAAGCUGAACAUCGUUGAAAACCUCGGUUGCGGAUACUUCGGCGACGUUCACAUUUGCGAGGUCGACAGGUUUCCAGGCUACGACGAAGUUUUCCGGAACACGGCCAGCGACCUGGUGAUCGUUAAGUCCCUCAGACCUGGAUCCUCGGAUGCGCUUAGGAUAGAAUUUCAAGAGGAGGCAAAAAAACUGGCACGGCUGGCCGAUCGGAAUGUCGCGCGGCUGCUCGGCGCGAGCCUCGGGGACGACCCGAUGUGCAUCGUAUUGGAGAACGGCGAGUACGGGGAUUUGAAUCAAUAUCUGCAGAGGCAUAUAGCUGAAACGUCGACCGUGCACACUGCUAAGACCCUCAGUUUCGGCACGUUGAUCUACAUGGCCACGCAAAUAGCAUCCGGCAUGAAACACCUCGAGGAAAUGGACUUGGUGCAUCGGGAUCUCGCCACAAGGAAUUGUUUGGUGAGCCGUGGUUACACGGUGAAAGUUUGCGAUCUGGGCUCCGGAAGAAACGCUUACGCAGCCGACUAUUUCCGGGUGGAGGGCCGGCCGCCAUUGCCAAUCCGAUGGAUGGCCUGGGAGGCUAUGCUAAUGGGAAGACACACAUCGAAGAGCGACGUCUGGUCUUUCGCAGUAACGCUUUGGGAGAUUUUAACGUUCGCAAGGGAACAACCGUUCGAGGAGCUGCCCGAUCAUCGCAUAGUCGAGAAUGCAACGUAUUUUUACCAAGAGGAUGAUAGAAGGAUCAUUCUUCCCCUGCCGAAAAACUGCCCCAAAGAUAUCUACGAGCUGAUGCGCGAGUGCUGGCACAGGAACGACGUGGACAGGCCGAGCUUCCGGGAGAUCCACAUGUUCCUCCAGAGGAAAAAUCUCGGUUACAAGCACGGGGACACGAACGACACCUGAUACAGAGAGCUAGAAGGCUGGAAUCUGAUCCGGCUUUCUAUGAUCGGCGAGCUGAACGGGAACUGGUGGAACUCCCCUUCGACGACCAAGUUACACCAGGUCAGGCCAAGUUAGUAGUACAUACAAGGUGAGGAUCAAUUCCUGAUUGUCGAAUCGUCGAAGACGAAGGUAAACGGUGACCUCGAAAUGGUUCUUCGUUGCUCUGUCGAUAAUACCAGUGAGUUUUUUAUAGACUGUGCGACUUGUACGCGGUGAAUUAUUAUUAUUGUAAUCAUCGUGCGAUCUUAAACGAUUAAGGGAGUUUGUUCAAACAAUUCGUUUCCUCGAUCAACUUGAUUCUCUCGAAAUUUUAUAAUUCUCGUAAUAUUUUUUUCGCCAUUGAUUCGUCGGUCGAUAUUCGCAGAAUCAAAAGGAAAAGAGAAAUGACGAAUCAAAAUUUCAUGGAAUAAUAAUUUUUCAUCGGCCAUCGCUCUUCUUGAGAUUAUUUUCGUCCCGUUUAAAACGUUGACCGCGCGUAACCGUGCAAUUAAAGAGCGACAAAGGAGGAUAAGAAAAAUAAAUAAAAAUAAAAAAAUAACAGCGCGAGAACGGUCUCGAGCAAGCGGAUAUAUAUACGAAAUGGGAGCGUUCCUAGCCCGGGUCCAAUGGGCGGAAAGCACGUUCAAUAAAUCGCGCACACGCCAUUUCUGAAAUUGAUACUGUCAGCAAACAAGCUUAUGACACCCGCCGCAACGGCACUCGCGUCACGUUCAGAAUACACGUGGCCCGUGGACUUUGGAAAAUCGCGGAGGAUACAACAAACGGUCUCCACCGAUCAUUUCCUGGAAACCUCUUCUCUCCCCUCGACGUGUGUCCAACGUGCGAUCCGAUCCGGGAGAAAAUACCAUUUCCACCUCGUGAAAAACCCAUUGCGCGUCCACAAAGUUUUUACGAAGGGGAAUGGAAAAGAGGAGGAGGAAGAAGAGAAGAAAAGUCGAAGGAACAAAUUAUAUCGAUUCUCUUUCCGACGACGAUUCCUCGCCGUUGUGUAUCGUUGUGAUAAGUAAUCGAGGAUAAUCGAUAAUCGAGCGAACGUUUUAUCACACAGUGACAAAACGGCUACACUGUUUUAAGAAUCGAGAACGAAUCCUGACAGAUGUGAAACGGGAGUGGAAAAUACGUUUCUUGGUUCUUGGUUGAUUGAAUGUAAAUUGACUCUGGAUGGAAGCUGGAAACGAAGCGUGGCAAAUGUGCGAGAUUGUUCUUUCUUUCUCUUCUUUUUUUUUUUUUCUUUAAGGGAAGGGGAAGAAUUUAAUUGAAAUAUGGAAGUACUGGUGGAAUUUGGAUUACAUUGGCGCCCUCUGGUUCAAUUGGAGCUAGUAACAUUAGUGAAAUUUAACGAAUUACUAGUUACUAGCGUAUCGGAUAAUAGUAUUUGGCAAUAAAACUAAUAACGAAGAUUUAUAAUUAAAGUUUUGAUCGCAACUUACAACUCUUACAACUUGUCAAUUCACUAAUCUUAUUAUCUAUCGAAUCGUCAGAGGGGUCCAUAACUUACUAGCCAUAAAAAAAAGAAUAAAUAAAUAAACCACUCGGUCACAGAGUGGUCGAAGUUCAUCGUUCGGAGUGUAAAAAUGGAAAAUUGAAAAAAGAAAAAAAAAACAAUUCCUCGAGAGCCUGCUGGCUUACCUUUAAGUUCCCUGAGACUAUUACUGAUAAGCUUAAAAUGCGCUUAGCCGAAGUGCAUAAAUGUUUGACAAUACCAUUAGAGGUUGCAAGUAAAUAAAGAAACAGAAAAAAAAUUUCGUAUACAUAUACAUAUAUAUAUAUAUAUAUAAAUAAAUAAAUAAACAAAUGAACGAAUAAAUAAAUAUAGCAGAUGUAAAGAGAUGUUAAAAAAAAAAAGGGUUUAACUGAUAGCGUAAAAAAUUUAUUAGAGAGCGUCGUCUUUUCGAGCAGCUUGUAUUCCCCUCGACGGUCGCGUGGCUUCGUUUUUCCCGCCACAGUUCGACCUAUAUCGAUUCGCGACGCUUGCCUCGACGUCUCGAAGACCGAAACCUGACCUCGAGUCGAAUUCGCAUCGUCGUCGUUCAGCGGGACAAGGAUGGAUAGAGGUGGUUGCUUGGAAUGAGUGAGUGAGUGAGUGGAGAGAGAGAGAGAGAAGCCCACUCGCGUGACCUGAAGUUACGUUUAUAGGAAGGAAUAGAAGCACGGUCCAUUUACCCGGUGGAUAUACCUUUGCUCGCCUUUUUACAGGCGAAUUUUUGCCCGGUGAUCGAGGGUCGGAAAUAAUUCUUGCGAAUAAUCGGGCAUCGAUUUCGCCUUCCACUACCAGCUCACUUCUCGUUUCUUUUUUUUUCCCCUCGAAUUUUAUUUCGUUCCAUUUUUAUUUUUCGUUUCAUUCUGUUCGUUCAUCGUCGUUGAAACGAAUUUAUUUCAUUUAUUUUUGUUUUUGUUUUUUUCCUUUCUUUUUUUUGGGGAGAUGGGGGGGAGGGAAUUAAUUUUAUAGGUUCUACUUGAAACACGUUGUAUCGCGUUCAAUUAAUAUUUAGUUUUAUGGACUUUUAUGGGCGAAUUUUUACCUAGUUCCUCUUUUAUUCCCUCCCUCCUCUCCCCCUAUAUUUUUUAUUAAACAUUGAAAAUUAUCUUUUCGGAGCGGAGAGGGAUGAGAUUGAAAUGCGCGCGCGCCGGGGAAAAUAUUCAUCCGGUUACACGAACCGUGUUCAACGUGGAACAAUGAGAAAUUUAUAAUAAUUGUUAAUACGAGUUUGUAAGCGGCGAUUAAUAGCGGGCUGUAACAAAAGGAUAAUAUAACGAAGAAAUUGGCGAUGAAAAGGGUGCAAAUGGGUGGUGUGACGAAGGGCGAUAGCUCGCUGUAAGGGCGAUAAAUCGCGUUGUUUUGGAAUUUACUACGUUACUCGGCUAAAAAACGCACAGUCACUCUCGUGAUCUGUAAAAAGGAAAAAAUAUAUAUAUAUAUAUAUAUAAAUCGCCAUAGGAAAUGUAAGUGAUAAAUGUGCACGCGACUGAAAGUGGUUCGGUAAAAGGGAUCAUCGUUACGAUUGUUAUCCUUUCGUAUACGAAAGAAACACAACGCGGCCGUAUAACAAUAAUAAUAAUAACGAUUUAAUUGUCAUGUUUCGAGCGUUCUUCGAUAUUUAUUCGAGCAAGAGAAAAAAGAAAGAAGAAGAAGAAGAAGGAAAAAGAAUGACUAGAAACAUGGAGAAACGACCCCUUUCAUCGAGCCAUCCACGGUCGAGGCAGGUUUCAUUUUGAAUAUGAAAAGUCUAUGAUAUUGUCUAUGAAACGAUCGUUAUGGUAAUUUAUCAAAUAUUAAUCUAAACCGUAACACCGACGACAUUAAAGAAAUACUGCCAUUGUAUUAGGGAAAUCCGGUAUUUGCGAUAUCGUUGUUUCGAUCCUUUCCCAUGUACACUCGACGAGAAACGAUCGAAUUUCUUUUGAUUCGUUCGAAGAUGCGCGUGAUAGAGAGAGUGGUGUUGUUCGCCGACGAAUGAACAAUAACGACGGAACGGUGGAACAAUAAGUGGGCGAAGGGAUGCGAGGAGAAGGGAGAUCAUGAUCGAUCGUACAGAACACGAGGACAGUCGUGUAAAGAAAGAGAAAGAGAGAAAAAGAAAAGGAAAGAAAGGAAGAAGGAUCGAUGUACAUAUCCACUUUGAUGAGCUUAACGAAUUAUUAACGGUGAGAAAUUUUAAUUUCGGCUUGGUGGAGAUCGUCUUCUGUGCGAUCGAACCAGGCGACACGUGCACACAUACGGUUCUUCCUACAAAUCGAGAGAAAGAAAAUUAAAAGGAUUUCUCGAUCGAUCGUGCACAAUAGCGGGAGAGAAGAACGAAAAAUGGUUGAAUCGGAGAAAGAGAGUGAGAGAGAUCGAGUGAAUUUUAGAAAUUUUUUUAUAUCUGUCUUUCUUUUUUAUCCCUUCUUUUUCCUUCUUCCUUUUCAAUUACCAACACGACCAUUAUCUCUUUCAUUUCAGCUCGAUCUUCUUUCAUCGCUUAAUUCCUCGUUUAUUCAAAUUUAUUUGAAUUUAUGACGCUUCCCAUUCGAUUCACGUUCGAUCAAUAGAGCGGAGAAAAAGCGGGCUCCUUUCGCGCGAUUAAUUAUCGAAAUUGAAAUUAUCGAUUAUCCGUUCGAGCGAAUAUUAUUAAUUAAGGAUUGAAUAUCACGUAUCAUUGACAUAUCGUACGUAUUUCCACGGAAUAACGUUUAUUCUGACCAGGGAAUGGAGAAGUAACGCAUAUCUCGAGAGAAGUUGGGCCACGAAUCGAGCGGAAGUAAAGCUUAACGCUUACGUGAAAAUUGUAUUAUACACGUAUAUAAAUAUUUCUGAAUUCGUACAUAUCUUACACCUGUCAUCCGAUCGAUCAUCUCUGUUUGUAGGAAGAACACAUCUGUCGCGAGAAUGAAAGGACGAGAAUAUGAGAGAAUGAGAGGGAGAGAGAGAAAGAGAAAAACAAAGAGAAACACAGUAUAAAUAAAUAUAAAUAUAUAUAUAUAUAAAUAUAAAUAUAAAUAUAUCGAAGAUCGUUGAAGAUUAAGCGACGAAGAGGAUUCAUUGAACUAAUCGUUUCCAUCUUAGAGAUAUACGCGAAGAAGAUAUACUUUGUACAGUUUGUAAUAACAAAAUCCUACGCAGAUGGCGCGACCAGUCGAUCCACCGAAAAAAAAGAAAAAAAAAGAGAAAAAGAAGAAAGAAACCAAAAUCGUAGGAAUUAAUUGUUCUCGUGGUACGUAUUUUUUUUUUUUUUUAUUUUUCAAAGGUGACGAGGUCGAGGACCAGUUUUUACCAGUUUCAUCGUUCCAGAUUCGACUAUACUUUAAAGUAUAAAAAAGGGGGGAGGGGGUCCGCCAUUCGCGUGCCAGCCUCGUUCUAUUAUAAAAUUUAUCGCUCUCUUUUUUAUUUCGGCCGAAACAUAAAAAUUAUUAGCGCACACUGGAAACAUACUAUUUUAUUAUGACGUUCAUUUCGGUCGCCAGUGAAUCGUGGAAAAGUCAAGAUUCGUGCAAGGGAUAAAGAACGUUUUAUCCGUGGGUCGAAACGCGAAUUUAAACGCCGCGUUUAACUCGAAAUUUUCGUCGGUGCAUUAUUGCUCGUAGAAGUUUGAAAUUUUUUUAAUGAUUAUUAUUACAAUUCGUUUUUUAAUCAUAUAGAUGCUUGUAUGUAUAAUGAAUUGAUUUUUCAAAAUUUUCAAAUUUCACGAGCGAGGAUCAUUCGUUACGAAUCAUCUUGUUGCUCUUGUUCGAAGAAUAUCACGCGUGGAAAUUGGACGUAUUUGUAUUUUCUCUUGGUCUGUAAUUCUAUUAUAAACAAUUUUUUUUAUUUAUUAUUUCCAUGGUUGUUGUAAUUGUUCGAGGCUUUUGCUUUAAAAAGAAUACCAUACCGAAUAUGAAAAUUUCGAAUUAGACGCGAAUAUGCAAGAAUUUCGCGCGUCAGGAUGUAGAAUGAAAUUUUAGAAUUCUUAUUUUUCACGAGUGAAUCACGCACGUUCGACAAUAGACGCUCCUUCCUCGCCGGGCCCCGUAUCUUCUGCAAACGAGCUUUGUUUUUCGCGCGUAUUUGCCCAAUGGAAGCGCACGGUUUUCGUCGUCGGCACGGUCCGCCAGUCGCAAACAAAAGUCGGAACACGGAAGUGCCGCGUACACGGGAAUUCCACGUUUGCCGAUGGAAUUUAAUAUCCGCUGCCUUCGUUAUGAAACACGAUCGCGCUUUUUCUCUCUCCUUCCAUCGGCCGCGCGUGAGCUUUCGUUUUUGCAAACCCGAUAAAGGCGCAACAUCGAAUCGAUAUCUCCGCAGUUGCCCGACGAAUUUUGAUAAAUAGCGGCCUUAGCUUAUCACGCCUUGAAAUAUCUCUAUCCCUUCCAUCAGAUUUUCUUUUUUUAAUUUAAUUUAAUUUUCAUUUGCGAAGUAGUAAGUUUUUAAAUAAGAAGUUCGUGUAUGCAUUAAUUUUUCUUUAUCUCGAAAGUAAUUUAUUUAAUAAUUCAUUUAGUAGUUACACGUUGAUAGUUAUGCUUAUCACGAUAUAAGCAGUCAAGAAUAAUCGGAUUGUUUUACAGUCAGAACCGAAGUAUAGUAGUAGAUUGAAGUUUCUAUCCAAUUUCUAUCGGCAAUUUAAUCAAAAUUCAGCGGGAAAGGCGGAGAAAUGGUGCCUGGUUUAGACAAAUAAACGUCGCGAAUUGGUGGAUUCGCGGACACGAGAGCAUCCAACAAUCUCCUAGUGCAAAUAUAAACGGGCGAAUGGGUUGCAAAUAAGCUGGGUGAGCACGGGCCAUAGGUGUAGGACCAGUUAUCUAUUGUUUAUCAGCGGGCGUAUUCACUAUUGUGCGUGGUGUUUAACACUCGUGUCCCUUCCACGUUUUCCCUGUAUAAAUGUCACAACACGUGUAUUUAAUACGUUUGUACAUAGCGAGAUUCGUUUUCAAUAAAUACUCAACGCUUUGACUUUUA